UGCUGGCACUGAUUGGAUGUUAGAUUAUCAACUCACAUUAGGAGUACAUCUUCUUACUCCCAUUCUAGUGUGUAGUAGUACACGUAGAAGUACUGUACAUGAUGUGUGUUGAUGAUGUUAGUAGUACACCUUCUUACUCCCAUUCUAGUGUGUAGUAGUACACGUAGAAGUACUGUACAUGAUGUGUGUUGAUGAUGUUAGUAGUACACCUUCUUACUCCCAUUCUAGUGUGUAGUAGUACACGUAGAAGUACUGUACAUGAUGUGUGUUGAUGAUGUUAGUAGUACACCUUCUUACUCCCAUUCUAGUAUGUAGUAGUACACGUAGUAGUACUGUACAUGAUGUGUGUUGAUGAUGUUAGUAGUACACCUUCUUACUCCCAUUCUAGUAUGUAGUAGUACACGUAGUAGUACUGUACAUGAUGUGUGUUGAUGAUGUUAGUAGUACAUCUUCUUACUCCCAUUCUAGUGUGUAGUAGUACACGUAGUAGUACUGUACAUGAUGUGUGUUGAUGAUGUUAGUAGUACAUCUUCUUACUCCCAUUCUAGUGUGUAGUAGUACACGUAGUAGUACUGUACAUGAUGUGUGUUGAUGGAGGAGAAAAGUAGGUUGGUUACUCCUCUGAGGUCAGUGUUGUGUUGGACUGCUCCUCAUCCUCGUCCUCGUCCUCAUCCUCGUCCUCGUCCUCGUCCUCAUCCUCGUCCUCGUCCUCGUCCUGUGGUGGAAUCGUGAGAUGAUGUGAAGGGAGGUUGUGGUGGUGCACACAUUGAUAGAACAUCAUUGUGUCCUCUCAUGUGUGAAAUAUUAGGACACAUGACAACUACAGAAUGGGGAGGCUCUUAUACGUUUCGUACAUUAAAAAUGGUACCGUGGUACCCUCCGGGCGUGACCCGCGCUCGCUGAGGCGUGAAGGCUAUUGUGACGCCUCUCUCAGACGAGACGUAUCACGGGCCGCCGCUUGGACGUGUUUGCGCUGUGAGGACAAAGGCUGGAAUGUGGACAAGGAAUACAUUAGCGGUGACGCCGCUGCUUACACUGCAAGAAAGGCUGGCGUGUCAUUUAGCUGUCCUCUCUCCCGCCUGCAGCAUUGCUCCACAGGCAGCAGACAGCCCCUCUGUUAUUCUAUCCAUUCCCCUGUUGCCAUGGUGACAUGGUGACUUUCCACACACCUCCUGUUGCCAUGGUUAUGCAGGAUGAAGAAAAGCAAUGGCAGAGGGUGACAGCGGGCAUAAAAGUGGGCACAGCCAACUUUGUUUGAUAAAAGUAAACCGGGGUGGGGGGGGAAGAACAGUCAAAGGUUCAAAGACCUUUUGAAGGAAAAAGAGGAGCAAAGAAAGAUUGGGAGAAAUAAUUGCUGGGAGCUUGUUGAACCUGCAUGGAAAAGAAGUCACAUGACACGUCCUUGUCAUUGUUAGUCAUCAUUAGUCAUACUGAUAGUCCAAGUCAGUGUCGCCUUUUUUGAGCUUUAUGGUGCAGCUCUGAGCAUACUGAUGAUGUGUGGAGGACUCUACGCCCUUUUUGGCACGUUCAUUGUGCAGCUGGCCUCCCCAUUACCACACACACACACUCAGCACAAUAGAAGAAGAAGACAACUCUGGAUGGAAUUAACACAAGAGUGAGACAAAGACAGUAUUUGACAUCAUUAAUGUAGGACUCGAGACUGAAUAGACCAAUAGAAUGUUGAUUAGUUAUUGAACUGUGGGCCGCACGGUGGCCAAGUGGCUAGCAUGUUGGCCACACAGUCAGGAGAUGUGGAAGACCUGGGUUCAAAUCUCCGCUUGGGGUUUGCAUGUUCUCCUGGUGCGUGUGUCCCACAUUCCAAAAACAUGCAUGUUAGGUUCAUUGGCUAGUCUAAGUUGUCCAUAGGUAUGAGUGUGAAUGGUUAUUUGUCUGUAUGUGGCUGGCCACAAGUCCAGGGUGGGAUAGGCUCCAGCAUGCCCCCGCAACCCUAAUGAGGACAAGCGGCAUAGAAGAAAUAUGGAUGGAUUACACUGGAGUGUAAUUUCCAUUUCUACCGCUAGGGGGAGAUAUUACUCUCCUACGUAAUGUGUGCAUGUGUUUUGUGUUUAUGGCUUCCAAACCUUUGCUUUGACGGGUAGUUUUAAUGAGUGUGUGUACUGUUUGUAAACUAGCAUUUAAGGAGUGUUUUUGUGUAUAUUUCACAAUACAAGACACACAUGUCAGUGCAUAGUGAUGACAAUGUGCACUAUGUUACAGGUUAUCUUUAUGUUUAUCCCUAUGGGAUUAGUAACAUAAUCCCUGCGUGGUUGCCUCCAGGCUGCUUUAUGGGUUUUGACCCCCACAUGAUGAUGCAGAGAUUAUCCACUGAUGGUGUUUCAAUCAGGAAGACAAGGCGGACUCCUAUAUCAUCAUGCAGGAUGCAGAGGUCAAAGAAAGCAUGUGGUCCAGACAUUAUACACUGUAAAGCAGUCAUUUUCAACCUUUUUUCAACAUAUCCGCUGUAGAAUAUUUGUUUCAGCCAAGCACCCCCAAUUACAGAUAAAAACACAGCACUGUAACAUCACUAUCUGCUUUAUUACAAGUACAAAUAAAUAAAUAAUAAAUAAAUAAAUGACCCUGCAAAUCAGCACUGAUCUUGUUUGCAACAUUUAGAAAUAAAAUAACUCAACAAAGAAACAAUUAUGAAAAAGAAGCUUUGUGCACAUGAAAUAAUCAUCAACUCAAAGUGUCCCACUUUGGUAUUAUAAUAAAGAUAAAUACAUUUAUGAACUUUAUUUCAAGUCAUUUGAUUUACAUUGUGUCUUUCAGUUACAAUAAACAUAUACACUAAUAAUUUAUGUACUGUUACAGCUUACAAAAUGUCCCCCACUGUAUUUGUAUUACUUUUUCAAGUACACCCUGGAGUACCUUCAAGUACUCCAUUUGACAGCCCAUUUGACAACACAUUGACAUUGUAUACUGUGUACUAUACAGUACACAGUAUGUACUGUGUACAAUACAGUACAUUACAUCAUAUUAUAGUAUAUCAUCAUCAGUUACAGCAGCUAGCCGUUAGAUGGCAGUAUGUACUUUAUCCGGCGAGCUGGCGUCAGCACAUGAUGAUGUAAUGCCAGCAUCCAGCAAAAGGGGGCGCUACAGCUCCGUUUUCCACGGGUCCUUGUUAGCUCGCCGGCUAUCUUAGCGGGCUAGCAAACGUUUGGCCACCGGGUUUGAGAUUCCUGCGGUAGCAUAGCUUCCUGACGUGGCCGUCAGAGAGGGAUGGAAGACAGCCACUGGAGGCUGGAGGAGGAGGGACAAAGCGGCAAAGAAAGACACCUAUUCAAACGGUGGACGGCGUAGGAUCGGUCAUUGCGGCUGGGAAGCACCGGGAAGUUCUCGGAUCCACGCUGACGUACGCAGCCGGGGAGAGGAAGCGCGGGUCCGGAUACAAUUUGGCUUGAACCCCUGCUCAGGGUGGGACGGAAACGUUCCCUACUUGGCGGUGUCUCAUCUGGGGCGUGUGGGCCGAGCUCCGUCCCCCCAGCUCAUGAAACAGCUGUCGCCGGUGGAUGGUGGUAUAUUUAAGGAGGGAGACGCCGAGCUAAGUGACCGUGUGUCGGGGAGCACACGCACAGCCCGCCGCUUAUGAAUAGAUAAUAUUUAUAUAACCCUCAUCGUACAUUUUCACCUCCGAAGGCGACUGUUGUGCGUUUAAGCUCCAAUUUUGCCACGAGCUACUGGCCCUUACCGGGCCAAUGCAGCGAACCCAUCCGUGAAUUGGACGCCGUGGAGGGAGAAAGACAGCCGGGCCACUGCGAUAGUCCCACACGCCGUCUCCCAAACACCAUGGCUGGAUUCGUACCUGGUCUGCUGCCCACCAACCAUUCCCAGGAGAAGCAGUUCGCACGAGCCUAUGAGAAUGUACUGGAAAGAUAUAAAGAUGAGCGGGACAGAGUGCAGAAGAAAACCUUCACAAAGUGGGUCAACAAGCAUCUCAUCAAGGUGAGGAAGCACAUCACUGACCUCUAUGAGGACCUCAGGGAUGGACACAACCUCAUCUCCUUGUUGGAAGUCCUCUCUGGCGUCACCCUGCCCAGAGAGAAGGGCCGCAUGAGAUUUCAUCGACUGCAAAAUGUCCAAAUUGCACUGGACUUCCUCAAACAGAGACAGGUCAAACUAGUCAACAUCAGAAACGAUGACAUCACUGACGGCAACCCCAAACUCACCCUGGGUCUCAUCUGGACCAUCAUCCUUCACUUCCAGAUUUCGGAGAUCUACGUGUGCGGCGAGUCGGGCGACCUCACCGCCAAGGAGAAGCUGCUGCUAUGGAGCCAGCAGGCCACAGAAGGCUACCCGGGCCUCCGCUGCAUCAACUUCACCUCGUCGUGGAGUGACGGACGCAUGUUUAACGCCCUGCUGCACAGAUACAGACCCGACCUGAUCAACAUGGAGGCAGUGUCGCAGCAGAGCAACCGUGACAACCUGGAGCAGGCCUUUGAGAUUGCAGAGUCGCUCGGGGUGACCAGACUGUUGGACGCUGAGGACGUGGAUGUUGCGUCUCCGGACGAGAAGUCGGUCAUCACCUACGUCUCGUCCAUCUAUGAUGCCUUCCCCAAAAUCCCAGAGGGAGGAGAGGGCAUCGCUGCACAAGAUGUGGACCAGCGCUGGUCGGAGUAUCAGUCCAGCUUCUCCUCGCUGCUCCAGUGGAGUCGUCAGCAAACAGCCCUCAUGGCUAACAAGAACUUCCCCCAAAAUCCUGUGGAGCUCAAGGCACUUUACAACCAGUACGUCCAUUUCAAGGACAUGGAGAUCCCCGCCAAGGAGGUGGAGAAAGGUCACGUGGAACACCUCUACAAACUUCUGGAGGUGUGGGUAGAGUUUGGACGUAUAAAGCUUCCUCAGGGACUCCAUCCCAACCACCUGGACCAGGAGUGGGGAAAACUCAUCCUGGAGAUGUUGGAGAGGGAGAAGGCUCUCAGGCCUGCUGUGGACAGGUUAGAGCUGCUCCUCCAGAGAGCAAAUAAGUUCCAGAAGCUUGCCGUGGACUUUGAGGAGAAACUGACCUUGGCUAAGAACAUACUCCAAGCUGACAUGUCCCGGGCGGAGAGCGGUGAGAUAGUGCAGUGUGAGAGCGAGCUGGCCUGCUACCUGCAGGACUUUGAGUCUCUCAUGGGACAGAUCCAGCAGGAGCUCAAAGUCCUCCGUGAGGAGAAAUACUACCAAGUGGACCAGCUUGCCUUCAGAGCAUCCUGCCUUCAAGAGGAGAUGGUCUCGCUCAGGCUUCAGUGCUCCAGCGUCUAUAGGAAAGGUCACUUCUCGCAGUCCCUGGGGAACACGGCCACAGAGCUGCUCGGCCAGCGGGCCGCGGGCCCCGGGUUCUCGCUGGGACAGACGCUGCUCGGGGCGGCCGGCGCCACGGGGGCCGUCGGGGUGACGCUCUUGCGGCGUCCCGUGUCCCGCUCCCAGCUGGUGGCCAUGUCGUCAUCGGAGGACGAGGGCAGCUUGAGGUUCGUCUACGAGCUGCUCGGAUGGGUGGAGGAGACGCAGGAGCCCUUGGAGGGGGCGGAGUGGGGAGCAGACCUUCCUUCGGUGGAGAACAACCUACAGGAGCACAACAGUGUGCACGCUGCAGUGGAGGAGCUGAUGAGCGGCCUGCAGGAGGCACGCAGCUAUGAGGAUCACGUGUCACCCAACUUUAGGAGCAGCUACUGUGAUACCCUGGACAAGCUGGAGCAUCAGUACUGCAAGCUACGAGAACACUCGUCAUGGCGCCUGCGGAGCCUGGAGAGCCUCCACGUCUUCGUGUCGCACUGCACCGAGGAGCUGAUCUGGCUCAACGAGCGCGAGGAGGAAGAGAUCGCCUACGACUGGAGUCACAACAACGCCAACAUGGCCGCCAAGCGGGACUUGUACAGCGAGCUGAGAUCAGAGUUGGAUGAAAAGCAUCACAUGAUGCGAUCUCUGCAGGAAACGGCCCACCGCCUGUGUCAGGAGAACCAUCCCGCCAAGCAGACGCUGGAGGCGUACAGCGCCGCCCUGCAGACCCAGUGGCAGUGGGUGGACCAGCUGUGUGUGUGUGUGGAGCAACAUCUCAGGGACAACACCCUUUACUUCCAGUUCAUGAGCGACGCCCGGGACUGCGAGUCGUACCUGCGUCAGCUCCAGGAGACCAUCAAGAGGCAGUACACCUGCGACAGGGGCAGCAGGCUGAGCAGACUGGAGGACCUGCUGCAGGACUCUAUGGAUGAGAAGGAGCAGCUCAUCGAGUACCGCGGCACGGUGGCGAGUCUGGUGGGCCGGGCCAAGACGGUGGUGCAGCUUCGGCCCCGCAGUGCUGAGAGCCCCCUGAGGGUGGCCACGCCUAUCAGGGCCGUGUGUGACUACAAACAAAUAGAGAUCACCAUAAGCAUGGGGGACGAGUGCGUGCUGGAGGACAACUCCCAGCGAACCAAGUGGAAGGUGAUCAGUCCCACGGGCAACGAGGCCAUGGUGCCCUCGGUGUGCUUCACCGUGCCCCCUCCCAACCAGGAGGCCGUGGACACUGCCUGCAGGGCAGAGCAGCUGUACCAGAAGGUCAUGUCCUUGUGGCAUCAGCUCCACGUCAACAUGAAGAGCGUGGUCUCCUGGCACUACCUCCUCAAAGACGUCCGCACAGUCUCCGAGUGGAACCUGGACACAGUCCGCUGCCAGUCCCCGUCGGAGCGCCAGCAGGUCCUGGAUUGCCUGGAGUCCCAGCUGGCCGACUUCCUGUCCGACAGCAGAGAGAGCUCACUGUUCAUGCCUGCCGAGAUGCGGGAGCUGGAGGUGAACGUCCGGCAGGCGCAGCAGCACUGUCAGGACCUGCUGCACAACAUGGAGACAGAAGAGAAAGACGAGUCAGUCUCUCGAUCGCAUCUCUCGGAGCUCCAGAACGUCACUUUGCGUCUAAACGAGGCCGAGCAGAGAUUAAUGAACAGCAUUCAGACUCCGCCCCCGAGUCGUCUUUCAGGGGACAGCGGUGACAACGCUGUGGGAAUUGCAGAACACGAGGUGCUGCAGUCAGAGCUGGACGGCCUUCGCUCCAGUUUGGGCGCCGUGUCUCGCCGCUGCGUGGCUUUCUUUGAGGAGAAGCCGACGUCCUCCAGCGCCCCCGUCCUGCGUUUGGAGCUCAACCAGGCCGUGGAGAAGAUGGACAAGCUGCACAUCCUCUCCUCCGUCUUCCUAGAAAAAUUGAAAAUGGUGGACGUCCUCAUUCGCUGCCUGGAGGACGCAGAGAAUCAGGUCAGGAAGUACGAGAGCAGAUUGAGCGAGGAGGACAUUGUCCCUGCCGACACCACAGCCAUUCAAAGCCUCAGAGAUCAAAUAGGGAAGUGGCAGUCUGAGCUCACUGAGCACGAGGGCAUCUUCCAGUCUCUGGAGUCGGACGUGCUCAGAGCCAAAGAGGCGGGGUCUCAGCUCAGCAGGCUCCACCCAGACCGUAGCCCAGAGCUGGACCGCUACCAGGAGAGAGCCAAUCAGGUGGCUGAGAGGUGGAAUGGAGUCAAGAGGCAGAUAGAAACAAGGCGAUCAGAGCUGGACUCUCUGGGCUCAGUCCUGCAGCAGUACAGAGACGCUCACUCCGCUCUCAUCAGGUGGAUCGAGGAGACCACGGAGCGCCAAGAGAACGCCCAGCCGGGUCAGACGGACAGCAAAGUGCUCUCGGAGCAACUGGCCCAGCAGACGGCUUUAGUGGCUGAGAUUGAAGAGAACCAGACCAAACUAGACGAGUGCCAGACCCACUCCAAACAGUACUGCACCUUGUUCAAGGACUACGAGCUCCAGCUGAUGACCUUCAGAGCCUUCGUGGAGUCCACAAACAAGUCGCAGGUGAAGAGGAGGAGGAUGAACUCUUCCUCUGAUGCCAUCACUCAGGAGUUCAUGGACCUGCGCACACGCUACACGGCUUUGGUCACCUUGACCACACAACACGUGAAAUACAUCAGCGAUGCCCUCAGAAGACUGGAAGAAGAGGAGAAAGAGGUGGAGGAGGAGAAGCAGGCCAGAGUGGGUCAGGUGGCAGACCUGUUGGGAUGGGUCCAAGGUCUCCAGGGACGGACCGGCGGCCCCAACGCUGAGUCCUCACUGGCAGCACAACAGGCCAUCAGCGAGCAGCUGGCUGCCAAGAAAGACGACGUAGCCGAAGCCAUCAGGAGCACGCAGGUCUUCCUGCUGUCCAAACGGGCCAGCAAGCUGUCCCCGGAGGAGCGUGCCCACGUGGAGGCCCAGCUGAACCAGCUGAGGUCCACCUACAAGCAGAUGUGUGACUCAUCCACGCAGCAGCUAAAGCAGCUGGAGCGACAACUUGCCAAGGAGGAGGAGAGAAAGAAUGAUUGUAUCGCUGGGGUGAUCGACCUGGGAACGGUGGAAACCUUCCCAGUUUUCCAAGCAGCCCGACGCGGUCUUAUUGACCAGGAAACCUGUCAUUUUCUGCUAGAGGCCCAGCUCAUCAACACGGGGGGGCUCCUCUCUCCCGAUGCCACUGUCAGCCUUUCCCUGGAUCAGAGUCUGAUUGAAGGUCUGAUUGACCCACGGGCCAGGCAGUCCCUCUCGGAACUGGAGGGUGCUUUGCUGCUGGUAGAGAACACGCUGCUGAAUGUGCACACGCGGGCUGCAGCCGUGGAGUCUGGGCUCGUCAGAGAGGAGGUGGGAUUUCGGAUUCUAGAACUGAAAGGGUCUGCAGGACUUUUAGAGCAAGAAGACUUGAACCUCCUGCCUUCUAGUACCCUCACCAAACUUGAGUCCAGGCUUCAACACAAAGAGCUCAUUGACCCAAACACAGCUGAAAAAUUAAGCCUUGACGAGCUACAACAGCGCUGCGUCCGCGAUGAUGACUCGGGUCUUCUCCUUCUUCCUGUCAAACAACAGCCUGGUGGAACUGUCUGCCUCCGCUCCGGAAGAAAAGUAGGCAUCUUCCGCGCCAUCGAGGAAGGUCUGAUCGACCGCCAAGUGGCUCAGCGACUCCUCGAAGCUCAGCUGUUUGCUGGCGGGAUUGUUGAUCCCCUAUCUGGCCACCGGCUAACAGUUCACGAGGCGGUUCACCACGGGCUCAUGGACCAGGACCUGGCGUGUGCCUUGUUUGUGCGGCAGCUAAAAAAUGGCGGCAUUCUUGACCCUUUAAAUAUGGAACGUCUCGAUUUGGAGGAGAGUAUCGACAGGGACCUCCUCUCCUCACCCCUGGCUCUGUUGGUACUGGAAUCUCUCUGGACGUUCAUGGGAAUUCUUUGGCCUGAAUCUGGUGAAGUCCUGUCCGUCGUGGAGGCUUUUCAACAAGGGGCCAUUUCAGGGGAGUUGACACGAAGCAUCCUAAGGCAGCGGAAGGCAAUCGGAGCGCUCUACAACUCAGAAACUCUCCAGCUGUUGCCUUUAAGUACGGCUGCUGAGGAAGUCCUGGGGCCUAUGGUCGUACGUUGUCUCAAAGACAUCCAUUUACCAGACCUUCUCCUCAACAUGAACCAGUCAGGCACCCCAUCCUUGAACCGCUUGAGUUGGGUUUCUUCAAGCUCUUCCCCUCUUGCAUCAGCUCCGCCACACCUUGUGGGGGCAGAUGGACUGGAUCUUGACCAGCAAGCGAAACACAAGCUGCUCCUUCACCUCGUGACUCACAGCUAUGUGGAUGCACACUCCGGAAAACGUUUGGUGCUGUUAGACCCUGAGUUGGUGGAGUUGGUUAACGCUUAUCACCUGAAGGCAAGAGACAGAGAUGUGCUCAAAGACCUGAGUGUGACGGAAAAGGCCGACGCUGAAGAAGGAACUUCCAAUGGAGUCACACCACACAAAGCUUUGGAGCCCAGUGUAACCAACGGAACACAAGAAAUUUCUGACAAUAAAAAUGACAACAAGUGGCUCCCUAAACCCUUGUUGGUAGUUGAAGAUGAAGAAACAGAAAGUCUAGAAUCCAGAAAGAGUUUGAAAAAUGAGCUUCCACCUAAACCAGAGAUGCUCACACAGGAAGUACCUGUCUCCAAGCUAGCUAAACCUGCUGUUGAUGUCCCCGAAUCAGCAUUGGGGGAACAAGAGGAUGAUGAUGAGCUAUCAAGAUUAGUCUUGGAUCUCACAAAGGGAGGUUUGCUGACUGAAGACGGGGAAAAGUUGCUCCCAGAUGAAGCGGUCGCUCAGGGGAUGCUUCCUGGUCACACGGUGGUCAAAUUGAUGGCUCAGGCAGGAUUGUUCGGGGGUUUCCUGGAUGCCAUAAGGGGUGAAUCACUUAGCCUGGAUGAUGUCAUGCAGGAAGGCCUCUUAGAUGAGGAUCUGAUGUGGAGUGUCCUCAAGUCUGAUAAAACCCUGGCAGGAAUUGUGGAUGUAGAGAGACGUCAGAUUUGUGGAGUGAGGGAGGCAGCCCAGGCCGGUUUGAUCGACGCUAACACUGCAGCCCGACUGCUGGAGGCCCAGGUGGCAUCCGGGGGUGUUGUUGACCUACAUAGGAAUAAGAAAGUCUCUGUCACGUUAGCAUCAAACCUCGGGCUGACAGAAGACAAUCAAAGAGAAGAACUACUAGCGCUGGAGAAGGCAUACAAAGGAAAGGUCAGUGGGACAAAAGUAGCCCUCACUAAAGCUAGCUUGCAGCUACAGAUGGAAGGUGUUAUUGAUCCAGAGACUGAGUGUCCAGUUCCUCUGGAACAGCCCACUAAAAAAGGCUUAAUAAACCCCAGAGAUGCAUAUCAGGUGUUGCUCAGACAGGUGGCCGAGGGCGGGAUCAUACAUCAUGCUUCAGGAAUGAGGCUGUCAGUUUCUGACGCUGUGGAUAGAGGUCUUGUAGCUCGAUCCAUCGCUCCUGGCUUGGAAGAACUAGAGCGGGCUUGCCAAGGAAAAGUCAGCCCCUCAAACCCAGAGGCUGCAGCUUUACAAGCAACAACGGGGGCUGUCUUUGACUCCAACUCCAGCUAUAAAGUCACGUUGGCAGAGGCUGUUUCUAGGGAUCUUCUCCAAGAGAAGAUUGCAAAUGAAGUCAUGGCUUCUAACACAGUAACACAAGGGGUGCUCGACCCCCAAACCGCUCUGACUGUGCCCUACUCUGACCUUGUUAAAAAGGGUAAGAUCGACAUUGAAACGGGCAAACGCUUUUUGGAGGUGAAAGCCAUCAGAGGGAUUGAGAAUACGACAAGAAGCAGCUUGACUCUUCCUGAAGCUGUGGCAAAAAAGCAAGUUGACCCAGUUCCAGCUUUGAGACUUCUCCAAAGCCAGGCAGACAGUGGAGGUAUCAUUGAUAUCACCACUGGAGAAAGGCUUCCUCUUCCUGAAGCUUUGAGAAGAGGUCUAGUCUCAGAAGACAUGGUUGUAGAAAUUGCCACCAACCAGAUUUUGAAGGGCGGCUUAGUUGAUCCAACAACAGGCCAACGUGUCUUGAAUCUCAGCGAUGCAGUCGCUUCAGGACUUGUUUCCAGUCACGUGGCUUCAGCCUUUCAUGAGAAAGGUUCUCCUUUGCAGGUAAAAAGUGAUGAUGAUAGUUGGACUGUCACUUCAUCACAUAGUCCACAUAGCCCUCAACACAUAUCCUCAACCCCUCUGAGUCCUAACACUGAGGUGCUCUCAUGGGGUGGUGGAGAGACUUUGGCCUCUGAAGUAUCUGGUGAUAGAAAUGAAGAGGUUGAUAUGGAAAGGCCUGUAUCUGGGGCAGACCUUCUACUGGAACCAGACCGAUCCAUUGACCUUUUGAGUAAAUUUGCGACAAAUGUUGAGAAAAGAAUUCAGCAAGCCAUCCAGGAGGCCAUACCACAGACACACACAUCCAAAUCACACAAGGCUCCUACACCAACAUGUGCAACGCCAAAAGGAGACCAUACCAGAGAUGAUCGACGAGAAGAAAGCAUUCCUGAAGGUUUGGUUGCAGAAUCGACUCGAGCACUUGCCAACAGCACUGACAAACAUAAGGAAGAGGACAGAGGUGGAGCGUCAGAUGGGAAACCUGAGAAGGUGCAGUGUAGAUCUCUUGAUGAGAGCAGUACAUUGGUCAAAGGCUUUGAUGAACCACUGACUGAUUCCAGAACAGCUGAGACGACAGGUGACACUCAGGAACAGGAGCAAGUAAACCCGAGUGACAAGGAACGUAGGAUGGGGGAUUUUGCACAGAGGAAUGAUGAAGAAGCGUCCUUGGACACUGAAAGCAAGGCUGGUCCUGCCAUUGAGCAGGAAGAGCAGCCAUUGGAGUCUUUGGCCAAAGAGACAGAAAGCAAAAGCAAGAACAAGAGAUGGAGUAAAAAGAAAGCAAGCACUACAGAGGAAGAAGUAGAAGUUCAUCAAGCUAGUGCAGGAGAGAAACCAGAAAAAGACGCAUCUAAAACACAGAAGAGUCAGACCAGUGGACCUCCUCAGGAAGACAACACAGAAUCAAAGACAGAAGAUAGCAAAGUAAGACAAGAACCUACAAAAAUGUCAAAGGACACGGUGAAUGUUGACAAGAGGAAGGAGCAGAAGAGUGAAGUUGAUCAGCAAUCAGUCAGUGGUCAGGAUGUUGAGCAGGAAUUACCUCCAAAGUGCAGCCUGCCAGAUGAACAGGAAGCCACCCUGACGACCAAAGCCAAGGAGAGCAUCCUCAAAAAGGUGUUUAAAGCGGGAGUGAGUGACAAGAAGCUACAAGCAUUGGUCAGGAAGAAGGAGAUUGCAAGUAUCAGAGAUGUUGGUGAUGUCACGAGACUCGACGAUGCUCCAAAGAGUGAGGAGACUUUUAAAGAGGACAAAGACAUUGCAAAUGUGAGGGACUGCAGAGAGAAUGUGGAAAAAGAACCCCUUCCAGCGGUUAAACCUGUGGAAGGUAAAAGAAGUAAAAAGAAAAAGUCCAAGAGUUUGAAAGCUUCGUCUGGUAGCGACAACUUAAUGGCCCAUCGAGGAGAAUCCAACACUCAGUCAGCAGGCAGAGACCCUGGGGCCUUCGUUGGUGGAAAGGUAACACAGAUAAGUUCUACAAUGGAGGACCCAAGCUGGAACCCCGAGGAACCGAUGCAGGAUCAUCUCAAAGAAAUCCAUUCAGAAAAUGCUGCUGGUUCUCAUGAACUACAACCUGUGGUCAGUCAGUCUCAGACUUCCAGAACACAACCAGAACCAGACAAGGAGACCCACCGACCAGAAGAUAAAACUACCAAACGUCUUGAAUUGCAACCUCAAAGUGAAGCUCAGCAGUUACUUUGGUCUCCAGAAGCUCAACCAAUCCUUUCAGAAGAGGCUUGUACUGACUUGGGAUCACCUGAACUCCGUGCUGCGCUUUUUCAUCAAAGAGAAGGCGAUAAUGGAGACGUGACGUCAUGUGACGUGGAAGCAGCGGUGUCCCCUUCUCACAAGUCCUCAUUGGUGCGCCAAGAGUUGUUGGAGCACGACCAGAGAAUGGUGGCGCUGGUCUCCACGGUCGGACAUGUGGAGGUCGGGCUCAAACAGCAGCAGCAGCGGCGGGUGGUCGGAUGCAGCCUCGCCGCCUCGGAGGACAUCAUCAGACAGACGCAGGCUUUGGAUGUGGAGCUGCGUGACCUGGAGCCUGAGAUCGCGGCAGACGUUGAAGCUGCUGAGAAACUCUUGAAGCCUCACUCCAAAGAUGUCCCUGACCAGCUCCUACUGGCUCUUGAAAAGGACCAACGAAGCUUGGACCAAGGGUACCAGGCUGCCAGGAUGCUAUCACGGGAUGUUCUACGAAGCCUGCAAGAGCACAGAGAUGCACACAAGGAGGCAGUAACAGCUGAGCUGAAGUCACUUGGAGGUCGAGUGGAGGCUCUUCUGUUCUGGUUGAUGGAGAUGGAAGCUGAGAUGUCUGAAGGGAUGGCAGGAAGUGAGAAGGUGGAGGAUGACCGUGGUCAACAUUCACAUCAGUUGCAUCUUUGCAAGGAGCUGCAGUCCAGUCUGACGGCUUGCUCCAGCGAGGUCAGUGGCGUGGCUUUGGACAUCCAGGUCUUCAUUUCAGAGCAGGCCCAGGACCGGGCCCCCAAGCAGAGCAGGCGGCUCCUGGGGCAGCUCGAGCAGCUUCAGAGGGCCUUUCACAGCACUGCGGGACAAGCCCGGGAUCGGGCCGACACCCUCUCAGCCCAGCUGGGGCGAGAAGAGGAGAAGCGCCGGCGGGGGAGAGAGGAGGACGAGGCGGAGAAGCUCAGACGGAUGCAGAGUGCGAGGGAGAGAGAGGUAGUGCAGCAGCAGAAAGCAGAAUGUUCUCAGAAGAUUAAAGGCCUCAGCAUGUGGUUGGCCGGAGCUGCCAGCCUUCUGGCCAAUCAGAGAGCAGGAACGGAAUCGGACGACAUGAACGCCCUGCAGCAGAAGCAAAAGAAGUUAAAGGAAGUCCAGAAGGACCUCCGGACGAGAGCGGAAGACGUCGCUGAGGCCAUCCGCUUCGUAGAGGACUUCCUGGUCGAGCGAGGAGACAGUUUGAGCCCAGAGGAGAGGGAGCAGCUGCAGGUGGCGCUGGCGCGUCUGAAGGACCAGUACAGCACGCUGAUGGACUCGGCUGACACGUUGGCAUCGCAGCUGGACACCGCCAUCAAUGUCACCGUGCAGCACAACACACAGAGGGCCAAAGCUUUUGAGGAGCUGCAGGAGACACAAGUCCAGAUCGACUCUCUGCUGAAGGACCUCCAGUCCUCUCCUAACCAAGCAGCUCAAGACGUCACUGACCACUCCACCUCACAGCCCGACUGCACCGUGGCAUCCCACACGGAGGCGCUGCAGGCCAAGCUCCAGCGCCUCCAGUCUCAACAGGCCCAGCUUCUCCGCAUCGCCCAGUCGGCUCGCUCCCUGCUGGACCAGCCGGAUUCCACGGUUCCUCCUGAGGAGAAGCGACGUCUGCGGGCCACCCUGGACCAGCUGCAGGCUCAGCACCAGGGCAGGCUGCAGAGCUGCCAGGAGCGACUCAGGAAGUCUGAGGCACUGAAGGACGAGCUGGCUAAGUUCCUGCAGGAGCACGGAACUCUGGGCUCCUGGCUGGAAGAGAGCGAGCAGGAGCUACGUUCCUUGGGGAAAGGAGAGACGGAUGCACAGGAACUGAAGAACAGACUGGAGGAGCACAGAAAGCUGGCUGAGGACGUCAUUUGUCACAAGGCGGACCUGCGCUUCAUCUCCAUAUCGGGUCAGAAGGUUCUUGACUCUGUCCAGGGAGUCCUGGAGCAGGCGGGCGGCUUGGACCAGGCUAUGGAGGGCACCAAGCAGCUGGUGGCUGCCAAGCUGCAGGACGCCAACCACAGAUACACGUCGCUGCACGCCAAGUCAGCAGAGUUGGGGGGCCGCCUGUCUGGUCUUCUGGAGAGAUACCAGCAGUACCAGGAUGAGGUGGUCUCUCUACAUUUGUGGCUCAGCACUCAAGAACAGAACCAAAGCAUAGCCAAGCCCAGUGGAGACACAGACCCCCGGAACCUGCAGAGCACCCUCAGACAAGUCCAGCUGCUGCAGGAUGAGCUGGCCGAGCGUUCGGUCCAGUUGGAAAAAGUGAAAAGAGCGGGGAGAGUUCUGGUCAGCACGGAUGAGUCUCCCUCGCUGAAGGCUGUGGACAUCCUGUGCGCUGCAGACGGUUUGGAGAAGAGGUUCUGUUCGCUGUCUGCGUCCGUGUCCGAGCGGGCUGAGCAGCUGCAGAUGGCGGUGGCCCAGUCGGUCAGCGUGCAGGAGGGCUUGAAGGCUCUGCUCAGCUGGCUGGACACGCUGGUCCUUAACGCGGGACCAGUCCAGCCCACUGUGCAGGCGCUCCAAGACGCCCUGACCCAAAACCAGAAACUUUGCCAAGAGUUGCUUUCCAGGCAGGGCAGCGUGGAGGCUACACGGGACUCCGUUUCCAAGCUGCUUCAGAGCCCCGACGCCUCCACGGCCUCGGGCCUGCAAGGAUCCCUGGACGAGCUGACCCGGAAGUUCGCCGCGGCCCAGGCCAUCCAAGCCGAGCGAGAGGCAGCGCUCAAGACACUGCUGCCCACGUUGGAGAGCUACGAGCGAUUGGGGGCCGACCUGAGGGUCUUCAUCCAGGGCCGAAUGAAGGCUCUGAGCCCAGGGGGUCAGCCUGACCGCAGCGUGGAGGACUACAGGCAGACUGUGGAGGAGGUGAAGUCCGAGCUGCAGCAGGAGGCGGCUCAGCUCAAGUCCUUCUGCAGCCUGGCUGAAGAACUCGGCACGUCUCAGGUUUUGGAUCCCACACAAAGCUUACUAGACCAUGACAGAGAAGUCACUGAGGACUUUAACCAGCUGGAGGACAAUGUAAACCAAAGACUGGCGGCCAUCGUGGCGUGCGAGCAGCAGCUGCUCCACUUCAGAGGCCUCUCCGGCUCCCUCCUCAGGUGGCUCCAGGCAGCACAGGAGCAGCUGCCCGCCAAGGAACUCAGCACCGACACGGAGGCGCUGCAGAGGAGAGUGCAGCAACUUCAGGACUUGUUGAAGGAGUGGGAGUCGCAGGGCUGUAGGGUCCAGCAGCUGAACAAGAGCGGCUCAGAGCUGGAGGCCCAAGUCAUCAACAUCACGGCACCGCAGACCAAAACUAGUGCCGCCCCCCAAAUCAAUGGCUCUGCAGGUCCCAGCAGCGUCAAUGGCAUUCACACUUGCAAAGACCUGACAGAGAUCCAGGUGGCCGUGUCUUACGUCAACGCUCGACACGAGGCCCUCGGCUCGGACCUAAAGGAGCGUUUGGGCCGCCAGCAGGCUUCGCUGGAGCUGAGGCUGAAGGCCAGGCGGGGCGCAGAGGACCUCAAGAACUGGCUGAAGGACAAAGAGGUCAGCCUCGGACAGGGAGGGACCGCCUCCCCGUCCAAACCGGAGGCGGUGCACACCCAAGCUCAGGAGAACAAGGCCUUGCUCUCGGAGCUGGCUGAGCACUCUGCCAGGGUGGAGGAGCUGAAGGGAGCACUAAGGAAACUCAUCGCCGACAACCCAGACUCCCCCGAGGCGGACGCCUGGAGACAGCAGCUGCAGGAGAUCGACUCCCACUGGCUCUCGGCCAAUCAGACGGCAGCCCUGCGGCAGGCGGAGCUGGAGGCCUGCGCCGACAGGCUGGGCAACUUUGCGGCGGCGGCGUCCCAGUUGGGUCCAUGGCUCAGGGAGAAGGAGCUGAUGAUGAGCGUGCUUGGACCGCUCAGCAUCGACCCGAACAUGCUGAACACACAGAAGCAGCAAGUCCAGUUCAUGCUGCGGGAGUUUGACACCCGUCGGCCACAGUUUGACCAGCUGACCCAGUCGGCCGAGGGUAUCCUCUCCCAGACCCAGGACACUAAGGAGCUGGAGGAGGUCCAAGCCGAGCUGGACUCCAUCUCCCUGCAGUGGCAGAACCUGACGGGCAGGCUCACCCGGCGGUCCGAGCACAUCGGCCAGGCUCAGGGAACCAGCGAGCGCUACCAGGCUCUGCUGCGGGAGCUGUCCUCCAGCAUGUCGGCUCUCGGCGAGCGUCUGGACGCCCAGGCCUUGCUGAGCGCGCGGCCCGAGGAGCUGAAAGUCCGGCUGCAGGAGACGGGCGAGAUCCGCUCUGAGCUGGAAAGGCGGCGGGCCGAGUUGGGCGAGGCGGAGCGACUCUGCCAGGAGCUGAGCACCAUCGUGGUGGAACCUUACCUGAAGGACGAGCUGAAGAAGCGUCUGGAGAGCGUUAGCGGGCCGCUGAAGAACCUGGAGGACCGUGCAGCCGAUGGUCUAUCUCAGCUCCAGGCCGCGCUGUCCUCCACCCAGCAGUUCCAGCAGAUGUUUGAGGACUUGCGCUCGUGGCUCGACCAGCAGGCGGAGCUCAGAGACUCGUCGCUCGACUCGCUGCCCUGCCGGCCAGACGCCAUCCACUCGCUGAUGGCCGACACGGACGAUCUCCAGCGCUCCGUCGCCAGCCAGCGAGGAUCCUACGAGCUCAUCCAGGCCGAGGGCGCGUCGCUGCUCUCCGCUCUGCCUGCCGGCGGGGACGAGCGAGCCGCCUUGCAGUCCCGCCUGGCCCGCUUACGGCAGGACUGGGAGGAGGUGAACGGGAGGGUCUCGGAUCGUGAAAGCAGACUGAAAAGCACUCUGAGCAAGGCUGAAAGAUACCAGCAGCACAAAGCCGAGCUCAUGCCCUGGUUAGCUGAAUGUGAGGGUAAAGAUGCAGAGAUCCAGCCCUCGCUCGACUCAUCUGGUCUGGAUGAAGCCCUGCAGAAGGCCAGAGGACUCGCCCUGGACCUGGAGAGACGGACGCCGCUGCUGGAGGCCUUCAAUGCUGCUGCUGAUCAGCUGCUGGAGCAGUGCUGCAUCGGCGAGGAGGAGGUACGGGAUGAGAAGGCGCAGUUGAACCGGCGUUUAGACGGCUUGGCCGAAGGGCUCCACGGCCGCACCUCGCAGCUUGAGGAACUAGCGGGCCGCCUGAAGGAGUUUGAGGAAGGCCAACAGGCUGUGGAGAGGCGGCUGGAGGCUGCUAAGCACCAGAUCGAAGUCCAAGAGGCUUUAGGACCUCAGGCGUGUAGCACUAAGAGCCUGGAGAGGCUGAGGAGCCAGCAGGAGAGCCUCAGGUGUCUGCAGCCCCAGGUGGUCUACCUGCGUGACCUGGCCCAGGGGCUGGUGCAGGACGCCCCCCACAGGCAAGGGGGCAACACUGAGGGGGCACAGAGGCUCCAGGAACAGGCAAAGAACACCGAGGCUGAGUAUGAAGACGUUACAAACAAGAUUGAGCAGUGCUGCUCCACACUGGAGUCCCGCCUGCACGACGUCAGCGAGGUCCAGUCACACGUGCGGGACGUCUUCUCGCGCCUGGCCGACAUGGACGACGAGCUGGACUCGCUCGGCCCCGUCGGGCGCAACGCCGACUCGCUGGCCUCCCAGGCGGACACGCUCGGGGGCUUCCUGUCGCAUCUGGCCGCCCUCCGGACGGAGCUGGAAGCGCACGCGUCCGACUGCACCGCCAUGCUUCGGCGGGAGGGCUCCUCCCCCGACCUGCUGGCUCUCCGGCGGGAGACAGAGGCUCUGAGUCGGCAGGCUGGGAAGCUGAGCGAGCGCGGCCAGGCCAGGCUGGUGCAGAUCGAGGACGCGGCGGAGAGGGUGGCGGACUUCUACCGGCUGGUGGGCGAACUGCGAGGCCUGCUGGGAGCGGCCGAAGAGGGGCUGGACGUGCAGGGCGUGGUGGGCUCGGAGGUGGACGUCAUCAAGCAUCAGCUGCAGGAGUUCAAGGCGCUGGAGAGAGAGCAGGUGGACGGCAUCCAAGCAAAGCUGCAGCAUGUCAACGCCGUGGGCCAGGGUCUGAUCCAGAGUGCCGCCAAGCAGACCGACACCCGGGCGCUGGAGCACGACCUGGAGAGCACCAACCUGCGAUGGAACUCGCUCAACAAGAGGGUGGCAGAGAGGAUCGCCCAGCUGCAGGAGGCCCUGCUGCACUGUGGGAAAUUCCAGGACGCCCUGGAGCCGCUGCUCAGCUGGCUGAGCGACACGGAGGAGCUGGUGGCCAACCAGAAGCCUCCGUCAGCCGAGUACCGCGUCGUCAAAGCGCAGAUCCAAGAACAGAAGCUGCUCCAGAGGCUGUUAGACGACCGCCGGCCCACCGUGGAGAUGAUUGGUGCUGAAGGUGAGCGCAUCGCCGCCACGGCGGACGCUCAGGACCGAGACAAGAUCCAGACCCAGCUCCAGAGUCUGGCCCGGAGGUGGAGCGACCUCCUGGACAAGGCCAGCUGCAGGCAGAGGCAGCUGGAGGAGCUGCAGGUUUUGGCUCUGGAGUUCCACGAGGCCCUGGAGCCGCUCGGAGAGUGGCUGAGCGCCACUGAGAGGCGCCUGAGCUCCGCCGAGCCCAUGGGAACCCAGACGGCCAAGAUCAGCCAGCAGAUCGUCAAGCACAAGGCCAUCCAAGACGACGUGUCCUCACGCGAGGCCGAGGUGGACCGCCUGCGCUCUCUCAUCCAAUUGCUGGGCCCGCUCAGCUGCGCGGCCGACCGCGAUUGGCUGGGCGAGCGCGUGGAGGCGGUGCACUCGGGCCACGCGGAGCUGGCCGAGUGGUGCGCGAGGCGGGCGGGCCUGCUGGAGCACGCCCUGGCCAACGCCCGGCUCUUUGGAGAGGACGAGGUGGAGGUGCUCAACUGGUUGGCGGAGGUGGGCCAGAGGCUGGCGCUGGUCUCGGUGCAGAGUUACCAGCCCGACGUUCUGGCCCGGCAACACAAGCACACUCUGUCUCUAAAUGAGGAGAUUGUGAGCAGGAGGAAGACGGUGGACCAGGCCAUCAAGAACGGGCAAGCUUUACUGAAGCAGACCACAGGCGAGGAAGUUCUGCUCAUCCAAGAGAAGCUGGACGGCAUCAAGUCGCGCUAUGGCGAGGUGACGGCGGGCAGCGGCAAGGCGCUGCGCACGCUGGAGCAGGCGCUGCAGCUGGCCACGCGCUUCGCCAGCGCCCACGACGACCUCAACCAGUGGCUGGACGCCGUGGAGGCGGAGAUCAACAACGUGGAGCCCGACGCCACGCCCACCUACCAGGAGAGACAGAAGGAGUUGAAGAACGUGUCAGCAGAAAAGUGUCUGGUCUUGGACACCCUGAACGAGGUGGGCGGCGCCCUGCUGGACCUGUUGCCGUGGCGAGCCCGCGAGGUCCUGGACCGCUUGGUCGCCGAUGCCAACCAGCGCUACCGGCAGGCAGAUGACACCAUCACGCAGCGCGUGCAGCUCGUGCAGGCCGCCAUCCAGAGGUCGCAGCAGUACGAGGAGGCCGUGGAUGCCGAGCUGGCCUGGGUGGGCGAGACGGAGCGCAAGCUGGCGUCUCUGGGCCCGCUGAGCCUGGAGCCCGACGUGACGGUGGCUCAGCUGCAGGUCCAGCGGGCCUUCAACAUCGACAUCAUCCGACACAAAGACACCGUGGACCAGCUCCUCACCACCAGAGAUGACAUCCUGGAGACGUGCAGCGACGCCCAGAAGGAUGCGCUGAUGGUGAAGACAGAUUCCCUGAGCGCUCGUUACGACGCCGUGAGCCAGAGCCACAGCGAGCGCUUCUCCGCUCUGGAGCAGGCCCAAGUCUUGGUGGCCCGCUUCUGGGAGACCUACGAAGAACUGGAGCCAUGGCUGGGCGAGGCAGAGAGCCUCAUCACUCAGCUGCCGCCGCCAGCCAUCGACACGGACGCCCUGCGACUGCAGCAGGACCAGAUGAGGCUGCUCAGGGAGUCCAUCGCUGAGCACAAACCCCACAUCGACAAGCUCCUCAAGAUCGGACCCCAGCUGGCGGAGCUGAGCGUCCAGGAGGGCGCGCGGGUGACGCAGCGCUACGGUGACGCCGAGAGGCGCUACUUUGCCAUCAAGGAGGAGGUGAAAGGUCGUGCGGCGCUGCUGGAUGAGGCGGUGUCCCAGUCUGCUCAGUCCAUGAUUGCACUGAAGGCACGUCUCACUCAACUCAUGCUGAUGUUUCUCCACCCUCCUUCACCACCACUCCGUCCUAACCCUCGUCUCUGUCCUCACUCUCGUCCUCUUAAUUCCGCCCCCUUUGUCUCCGCUGUCAUCUGUCCACCAUGCCGUCGUCCCUUGCUGUGUUGUCUCCACAUGCCACCGCCACCUUCUCCAUGGUCACUGCUCACUGCGAUCACCCAGCUGAUGGAGUUCCACGACAAGAUGGACCCCUUGCUGGAGACCCUGGAGGCGGCUGUGCAGCGUCUGCGUCAGCCUCCUCCCGUGGCGGCCGAAGUGGAGAAGAUCCGGGAGCAGCUGGCGGAGCACCGGGCGCAGGGUCUGGAGCUGGACAAACUGCUGCCCAGCUUCUCCGCUCUCUGCGCCCGCGGAGAGGAGCUCAUCAGUCGGGCCGCCCAUGACGAUCCCGCCGCCCAGGCCGUUCAUUCCCGCCUUCUUCGGCUGCGCUCGCUGUGGGAUGAGAUUCGUCAACGGGCAGAGGAGAGGGAGAGCAAGCUCAACGACGUCCUGGACCUGGCCGGCAAGUUUUGGGCGGACGUGGCGGCACUGAUGAGCACGCUGCGAGACUCCCAGGACAUCGUGAAGGAGCUGGAGGACCCCGGCGUGGACCCCUCGCUCAUCAAACAGCAGAUUGAAGCUGCAGAGGCCAUCAAGGCGGAGACAGACGGCCUGAGGGAGGAGCUGGAGUUUGUCAGGACCCUUGGGGCUGACCUUAUCUUUGCCUGCGGAGAAACCGAGAAACCCGAAGUGAAGAAGACCAUCGACGAGAUGAACGGUGCCUGGGAGGGCCUGAACCGCACCUGGAGAGAGAGGAUGGAGAGGCUGGACGAGGCCAUGAGCGCCUCCGUGCAGUACCAGGAUGCACUGCAGUCCAUGUUUGACUACCUGGACAACGCAGUCAUCAAACUGUGCGACAUGUCAACGGUGGGAACUGACCUGGGAACAGUCAAACAUCAGAUUGAAGAGCUUAAGCAGUACAAAGUGGACGUUUACCAGCAGCAGAUCGACAUGGAGAAGCUCUGCCACCAGGGGGAGCUGCUGCUGAAGAAAGUGUCGGACCAGACGGACAGGGACAUGAUCCAAGAGCCGCUGACGGAGCUCCGACACCUGUGGGACAACCUGGGGGAUAAAAUCACCCAAAGACAGCACAAGCUGGAGGCCGCCCUGCUGGCUCUGGGUCAGUUCCAGCAUGCCCUGUCUGAGCUGCAGGCCUGGCUGAGCCACACGUACACCACCCUGGACACGCAUCACCCCGUCAGUUCUGACCCCAAGGCCAUUGAGAUUGAACUGGCUAAACACCACGUUUUGCGCAACGACGUGCUGUCCCAUCACGCCACGGUUGAGGCGGUCAACACGGCGGCCACCGAACUCCUGGAGUCCUCACCUGGCGACGAGGCCAGCCACUUGAGAGAUCAGCUGGACCAGCUGAACCAGAGCUGGCAGAACCUGCUGCUCAAAACCCAGGAGAGGCAGAAGCUGCUGGAGGCUGCCUUGCAGCAGGCGGAGGGUUUCCAUGGCGAGCUGGAGGAGUUCCUCCAGUGGAUGAGGCGCACGGAGAGCCAGCUGUCUGCCACCAAGCCAACAGGCGGUCUGCCCGAGACGGCCAGGGAGCAGCUAGAGCAACACAUGGAGCUCCAAGCUCAGCUGAUCCAGCGUGCCGACCAGUACCACCGACUGCUGGAUGCCGGAGAGUCCAUGCUGCUGGCUCGAGGAGGGGAGGACGUGGGGCUGGGAGCCACCCAGACCCAGCAGAACCUGGCCAUGCUGCAGAACAAGUGGGCCAGCCUCAACACCAAGAUGGACGACCGCAGGGCAAAGCUGGAGGAGGCUCUCUCCUUAGCCACCAUCUUCCAGACUUCCCUGCAGGACACAAUCAACUGGCUGACCCAGGCCGAGCAAACCCUGAACAUGACCCAGCCCCCUAGCCUCCUCCUGGACACGGUCCUCUUCCAGAUCGAUGAGCACAAGGUUUUCGUCAACGAGGUGAACACCCACAGAGAGCAGGUGUUGGCCCUGGAGAAGGCCGGCUCCCAGCUCCGCUUCGCCAGCCUGAAGCAGGACGUGGUCCUCAUCAAGAACCUUCUGCUGAGCGUUCAGGCCCGCUGGGACAAACUGGUCCAGAGGUCGCUGGACCGCGGGCGACACCUGGAUGAGUCUCGCAAACGGGCCAAACAGUUCCACGAGGCCUGGAGGAAGCUGACGGACUGGCUGGAGGAGGCUGAGAAGAGACUGGACUCUGAGCUGGAGAUCCCCAACGAGCCUGACAAGAUCAAAGUCCAGCUGCUCAAACACAAGGAGUUCCAGAAAGCGUUGGGCUCCAAGCAGCCGGUUUACGACACCACCGUGAGGUCCGGGAGAGCCAUGCGGGACAAAGCGCAGCUGCCGGACGACACCCAGAAGCUGGACCACCUUGUCGGGGAGGUCCGUGACAAGUGGGACACUGUCUGUGGGAAGAGUGUGGAGAGGCAACACAAGCUGGAGGAGGCUCUGCUGUUCUCAGGUCAGUUUGCAGAAGCCCUGCAGGCCUUGGUGGACUGGCUGUACCGAGUGGAGCCGCAGCUCGCCGAAGAUCAGCCCGUGCACGGCGACCUGGACCUGGUCUCCAACCUCAUGGACUCGCAUAAGGCUUUCCAGAAGGAGCUGGGCAAGAGAACCGGCAGCGUCCAGGCCCUGAGGCGCUCGGCCCGCGACCUCAUGGAGACGGGCCGUGACGACACGGCCUGGGUCAAAGUUCAGCUGCAGGAGCUCAGCAACCGCUGGGAGACGGUGUGCGCCCUCUCCGUCACCAAGCAGACCCGCCUCCAGCAGGCCCUCAAGCAGGCGGAGGAGUUCCGCACGGCGGUCCAGAUGCUCCUGGAGUGGCUCUCCGAGGCCGAGCAGAGCCUGCGCUUCCGAGGCGUCCUCCCCGAGGAGGCGGAGACUCUGCAGGCGUUGCUGCACACACACCGCAACUUCCUGGGAACGGUGGAGGAGAAGAGAUCAGAGGUCAACAAAGCGGUGGGCAUGGGCGAGGCCAUCCUGACCCUGUGCCAUCCCGACUCCAUCACCACCAUCAAGCACUGGAUCACCAUCAUCAGGGCGCGCUUCGAGGAGGUGCUGACGUGGGCCAAGCAGCACGAGCAGCGUCUGGAGGCGGCGCUGACCGAGGUGCUCAACAACGCCAACUUGCUGGAGGAGCUGCUGUCAUGGCUCCAGUGGGCCGAGACCACGCUGGUCCAGAGAGACACUGAGGCCCUCCCUCAGGACAUCCCCCAACUUAAAAACCUCAUCACGGAACAUCAGAUGUUCAUGGAGGAGAUGACCAGGAAGCAGCCGGAUGUUGACAAGGUCACCAAAAGUUACAAAAGGAAACCCGCCGAGCCGCCGAGCAGCCUGGCAGAGAGGAGAGGAGGACGCAAGCAGCAGCAGCAGCAGGCGGCCGUGCAGCUUUCAGGAGCAAACCCUCGACUCAACCAGCUGUGUGCAAGAUGGCAGCAAGUGUGGCUGCUGGCGCUCGACCGCCAACGCAAACUUAACGACGAUCUGGACAGGCUGGAGGAGCUCAAAGAGUUUGCCAACUUUGACUUUGACGUGUGGAGGAAGAAGUACAUGCGCUGGAUGAACCACAAGAAGUCUCGCGUCAUGGACUUCUUCCGACGCAUCGACAAGGACCAAGAUGGAAAGAUCACGCGUCAGGAGUUCAUCGACGGCAUCCUGGCGUCCAAGUUCCCAACCAGCAAGUUAGAGAUGACGGCGGUGGCGGACAUCUUUGACCGAGACGGCGACGGUUACAUCGACUACUACGAGUUUGUGGCCGCCCUGCACCCCAACAAAGACGCCUACAGACCCACCACCGACGCCGACAAGAUAGAGGAUGAGGUGACUCGGCAGGUGGCACAGUGUAAAUGUGCCAAGAGGUUCCAGGUGGAGCAAAUAGGAGAAAACAAAUACAGGUUCUUCCUCGGAAACCAGUUUGGAGACUCGCAGCAGCUGCGCCUGGUGAGGAUCCUGCGCAGCACCGUCAUGGUGAGAGUGGGAGGAGGUUGGAUGGCUCUGGACGAGUUCCUGGUCAAGAACGACCCGUGUCGAGUGCAACAUCCUGGACUUAAGAUCCUCCGCUCCGACUCCAGUAGCUCCAUCUCAUCCCGUAUAGUGGCAGUCACUCCAGGCUAUUUCUGCUGCAGAGCUCGGGGUCGCACCAACUUGGAGUUGCGGGAGAAGUUCAUCCUCCCCGAGGGGACGCCUCAGUGUCUGGCCGCCUUCCGCUCGCGCGGUCGGCGCUCCAAGCCCGGCUCCCGGAACGCCUCGCCCACUCGGUCCUCCUCCUCAGCUUCACACAGCGGCGCCUCGCUGCCCUCUGCGCCCUCCACGCCAGCCACGCCCACAGCGUCAGCCUCAUCCAGGUCCUCGCACACUCAUUCUCGUGACUAUGCCAAGCCGUGGCUGGCACACAGUAAAACCCCGAUGCCGCCCAAGAGUCACUGCUGCCCCGAUCUCACUGACAACGGACACGAGGUGUCCUCGCCUCACCUUUCCUGUCUCGACCUGCAGGGGGCGGCAUCGGCCUCCAAGCUGAAGCGGCCCACCUUCCACUCCAGCCGCGGCUCGCUGACGGGAGAGAACGGGGGAACGCCACACGGCAGCAAGCCCACACGCAGCGAUCCCAGGCGGGGCGCGUCCUCAGCCAGCGGCCCCGCCAGCAGAGCGGGCAGCCGGGCGGGGAGCAGAGCCAGCAGUCGAAGAGGCAGCGACGCCUCCGACGCCUUCGAGCUCCAAGACGCCCGCUCCGUCUGCUCGGACACGUCCGACACCCCAAGGAGGCCAGGGGGCAGAGCCAAACCUUCCAAGAUCCCAACCAUCACCAAGAAGACGCCGAGUUCAAAAACCCCCGGGGGGGCCAAGAAAUAAGACGGCACACACACGUCUCUUCGUUUGUUCCGCUGGUGGGGGCCAUCUUGGAUGCAGAUGCGAGCAAGGAGGAGACGGAAGUCUGCGUCUCACACUGACUCGAACUUUCAUUCCAGAAACACUCGAAGCUGCGGCGACGCUUUUUUGCCUUCGGCCGCCGCCGUUGUUGUCCUUCCCGCCAAAAGCGACCUGAUUUGAUGCUGCCUUACGGAGUGACAGGAGGGCGGGGCCACCUCGAAGCACGCAAACGUUUCAGAGCGGACCUCCGUCACCACCUCGACACAAACACAACGGAAUUCAGGAGAAAAUCAAACAUUUUGGCUUGCGGGCCAGAAAAUAUGCAACGACUGCCAUGCUCAGGGGGCGGGGCUGCAGCAUGAAGGGGGCUGCGGUUUGACACCCACAUGCACACACAAACCACCAAGGUGGCACCAGAGGGCGCUGUUUUGAAACGCUGACCAGCGGCAUGCACCACGGCCCCUCCCUCGCCCCGUGUGUUGGUGGCCUGCUUCCCAUGUGACCUGGCCUCCCCACCCUCGGCGUUUGUUACAGAUGAUUUUCAAUGUUACGUGUUUGUGUUAAUUUAUACUUUGUUCUUGUUUAGCUUGAAAGGAAAAUUAAUAUUUAAUUGGCAGAUGAAGAUUUAAGAUGAAAGUGUGUCUGCUUUGUGUAGCAUCUCUCACACACACACACACACACACACACACACACGUUUGUGUAA